UAGAAUCUGUACAUUUGUCAUGUUAUAAAAACAAGGGAUAGACCACAUAUAAAACCUUAGCCAGUGCCCCAAAAAAACCCCAUAACAGUCCCAAUUUUUUUUCCAAUUUUCCUUUUUCUUUUCUCUUCAAAUUUAAUUUUCAAAGAAAAAAAAAAAGAGUAAAGAUUCUUAUUGAAGCUUUGGAAAUUGCAAUUAGGGUGUCAUUUUCUUUACAGGGCUAGCUGCAUGAAUUUUCAAGUUUGCAACACAAUCUGAGAAGAAGACAAAGAGAAAAUGUGCAUCAAGACAAACAGUCUAUGUUAGAAAAAAAAAUACAAGAAAAAAAAACACAAUUUUGUUCACAAUAAGCUGCUCCAAAAUGGAAUCUAAGGCCUCACCAAUCAUUUGUGCUUUUGUUUUCUUCCUGUUUUUUAUGACAUCCUCUGUUUGUCCUGUCCAAUCCGAGGUUAUCAACACUACCAAACAGAUUUUGAGGCCUGUGAAUGAGUCCAGGAAGCUGGACUACAUCAGAGUCCAUUUGGAUAAAAUCAAUAAGCCUCCUGUUAAGACAAUUCAGAGUCUUGACGGUGAUAUCAUAGACUGUAUAUUGUCACACGAACAACCAGCUUUUGAUCAUCCGUCGUUAAAAGGGCAAAAGCCAAUGGAUCCACCUAUAAGACCAAAAGGUCACCCAUCAAAACCCGACAUUUUCGGCGAAAAUUUCCAACAAUGGAGCUCGACUGGCGAAAUUUGUCCGGAAAACACGAUUCCAAUCCGAAGAACAACCGAACAAGAUAUGUUACGAGCAAAAUCCAUCCGAAGAUUCGGACGAAGAAUUAAGAAAAUAAUCAGAAGAGAUUCUACUAGCAAUGGUCACGAGCAUGCUGUAGGGUAUGUGAGUGGAGAUGAAUACUAUGGAGCUAAAGCAAGCAUAAAUGUGUGGGCCCCACAGGUUGCGAGCCAAUACGAGUUCAGUUUAUCACAAAUUUGGGUUAGCCCAGAGCUUUAUGGCGACAACCGUCCCAGAUUUUUCACUUACUGGACAAGUGAUGCAUAUCAGACAACAGGCUGUUACAAUUUGCUGUGCUCAGGCUUUAUUCAAACCAACAAUAGAAUAGCAAUUGGAGCUGCAAUUUCACCAACCUCAUCCUACAAUGGCGGUCAAUUUGAUAUUAGUUUAUUGAUAUGGAAGGACCCAAAGCAUGGGAAUUGGUGGCUAGAAUUUGGCAACGGGGUUUUGGUUGGCUAUUGGCCGUCGAUUUUAUUCACACAUCUCAAGCAACGUGCGAGCAUGGUCCAAUUUGGGGGCGAAACUGUAAAUAGCGGAAAUUCGGGGUCCCACACGUCAACCCAAAUGGGCAGCGGACAUUUUGCAGAAGAGGGGUUCGGAAAAGCCUCAUAUUUCAGAAAUCUACAAGUGGUCGAUUGGGACAAUAAUCUAAUACCCAUAUCAAAUCUUCAUGUUUUGGCCGACCAUCCAAAUUGUUAUGAUGUAAGGGGUGGGAUUAAUAGAGUUUGGGGUAAUUAUUUCUAUUAUGGAGGACCUGGGAGAAAUUCGAGGUGCCCUUAAAGAGAUAUAUAUAGUGCGUUUGUAGGGAUUUUUUACUGUAAUAUUUUUUUUUUCUUUUUCAUGGCGUGAAUUUUACGACAUAAUUAAUUGUACAACGUUUAGAGGCAGUGUAAAUUGUCAAAUGGAAAUAGUAAACACACUAUGUUUAUUUCAUGUUUUUAUAAAUAUUACCAUUUUUUUUUUUUGAAUUUUA